AUGGCGACACCAAUCUCUCCAUCUGAACAUAUCAAGUCCCGGCGCGUGCUGGCCUGCGUGUUGUGUCAGCAACGCAAGAUCAAGUGUGAUCGCACAUUCCCUUGCGUCAACUGUGUGCGUGCCGGCGAACAGUGCGAGCAAUCAACCCGCCAGCGACGCCGGAGGUUUGCUGAGAGAGACCUGUUGGCGCGCCUGCGCCACUAUGAGAGCCUGCUGCGCCAGCAUAACAUCAAGUUCGACCCUCUCCACACGCCUACUAGAGACCGUAGGUCUCCCAGCCAGGAUGAGCGAGAUGGAAUUCCAGAGGGUGGCCAGCCGGAAAGCACUGUUUCUGAUACGAAUUCUGGCCUAUUAAGAGAAAAGAAGACAGUCAAGUCUAAAUCAUUCGAUAUAUGGCAUGCCAUGAGUCAAAAGUUGGGAAAGACUAUACAUUCCAAGGAUGAUGACGGUAAUGACGGCGAAGAUGGCGAAGCCGACGAAAUCGACAACGGGUUCCUACACGACAACGAUGAUAUGCGCCACGCCGUGAUCAGGAAGGCAUGGAACCAUAUGUUUCAAGAUAAAACUAACGACCAUCUUUUAUUCGGUUCACCGGUAGGGAAUGUCGAUGACCUUUCUACUUUUCAUCCGACUCAGGUACAGAUCUUCAGGCUCUGGCAGAUCUACUUGGAUAACGUCAACCCUCUUCUCAAAGUAACGCAUACACCCACCCUUCAAACACGUAUCAUCGAUGCUGCUAGUGAUAUCGCCAACGUCAAUCCCACAUUGGAGGCCUUGAUGUUCAGUAUCUACUGUGUCUCUACCCUAAGCCUCACAGAAGAUCAAUGCAGCGCCUUCUUUGGAUCUCCCAAAAAGGAUCUCUUGACAGUGUAUCAGUCUGCAUGUCAACAAGCGUUACGAGGUUGUUCUAUUCUAGGCUCCAGUGAACGGGAGUCAUUGACCGCAUUAUAUCUGUACCUAGUGUCCAUCAGACCUGACACGGAUCCUGCAUCUCUGUCAUCAAUGCUUAGUGUUGCUAUUCGAAUCGGUCAGCGUAUAGGUAUUCACGAUGAGUCAACGUACGGUAAAUGUUCCGCUCUAGAAGCUGAGAUGCGUCGAAGACUUUGGUGGUCGCUCAUCAUCUUCGAUACUCGUAUCUGCGAAAUGUCCGACUAUAAGACAGUGUCGCUAGCCCCUACCUGGGACUGCCGCGUUCCACUCAACGUGAGUGAUUUCGAGCUUCAGCCAGAUAUUAAACCCGCACCCGCAUCAAAUAACAGGCCGACAGAGAUGCUCUUCGCUGUUGUGCGUUGUGAGCUCUCCGAUUUUGUUCGUCACAGUGCCUUCCAUCUCGAUCUCACCAAUCCCUUUUUGAACACUAUAGCCCCUCGAUCUACAACCGUAGACGAGGCGGAGCAGCUCCUGGUGCUGGAGAAGACGAUAGAGGAGAAAUACUUAGUUUCCUGCAAUCCAGGGAACCCACUGCACUUCAUAACAAUCUGGACAAUGCGAGGAUAUCUCGCCAAAAAUCGUCUUUUGCAAUACUACUCCCAAUGCUCGGCUACUGCUGUGUUGCAGACAAAUUCACAGCGUAACGUCGGCAUAUCACACGCGCUACGCAUGCUGGAAUGUGAUACCAACCUUAUGACGUCGCCUCUCACGAAAGGAUAUCUAUGGCUUAUUCACUUCCAUUUCCCCUUCCCCGCAUACAUCCACCUACUGCAAGAUUUGAAGAGGAGGCCCGUCGAGGAGCAUACAGACCAGGCGUGGGAGGUGAUGAGCAACAACUACGAGGUCCGCAUGAUGGAUGCCAAGGAUGACGAACGUCCCUUAUUUAUCGUCUUCUCUCGGAUUGUGCUUCAGUCUUGGGAGGCACGUGAACAGGCAGCCAAACAGGAAGAGAUGCCCCUAAUUCCACCGCGGAUUGUGUCGGAUAUCCGGAACAAACUGAUGCAUAUGAUGUCGAAAUUUGGACAAGAUGCAGACACGGCGCAGCCUGGUGGCACCUCUCAUCUCAAUGCAGACAACCUGUCCAUGCCUAUUCAGGUGGAUUCCAAUGUGAUAGGAAUGGCUUAUGGUGCUGGAGAUCAGGCGCCCACAAGUUUGGAACCCUGGGGAUAUCCCGACAUGCCUGGGCUGAGCUCCAUGGACGUGGAUACAAAUCAGUUUCUUUUGAAUACGAUGGAGUGGAACACGUUGCAUGCAUGGCGCGGGUGA